UGUAAGACGGCGAGUGUCACACGCAGUCUGUAAAUUUUUUGUAACAACCAGGACUUAUAGCUAACGGCCGCGUAUUCUGAAAAGUUAAGCGCAAGCUAAAGGGUAGAGAGUAACACUUUCGUUUCAGACUGUGAUAACAUUGUAAUUCAAUUUAACUUUAUUUCAGACACAAGGGUCCAUAGCACCUUGUACAUUGUAAUGUAUUGCUGAAUGCCUUUAUAGCUGCAUGUGUCAAACACUAACAUGCUAACCUUUCUAUAGGUGUUCCUCUGUCCUAAUUAGCUUGCUACAGAUUGUCGAAUAGCUAUCUAGAAAGUUGGGACAGCAUGAGAGUUUUUGUGAUGCGAGCGUAGAAUAUAUAGCAGGAGGUUCAAAAUGUGUAGCGAAGUUUGCUUGUUAAUUUGUUUCAAGGUACUUGUCUUUUGGCAUUGUUCGAUGUCGAGUCAAGCCUGGUUAGAAUCGUCUCUGAGACGGUCUUCCAGGCUUGGACUGCAAGUGUUGGAACGCGCCCAGAGACGUAGCGUCGACUGGGCGAGUGUGAGUCCGUCAUCGCAGCCCACCCCGGUAGAGGAUGCCUCGAGAAACCAGCCCGAGCCCUGGGACGCGGAGUCAAAUGAACGCAUCUAAAACGCCUCGAAUUUGUUUUGUAUGGACACAGAAAGCGCGGACGCGUACAACCCUAGAUGACGCUUUUGAAACCGUAGUGGAAUUUAUGGCACAGACUACUCAUCAAUGCAAGAACUUCUAUAAGUCCGUUCCAGUGCAGGGGACCUCUGAGUUUGAGGUAAAGCACGUGUGCAGAUACCACUCACACCGGCUGCCACGGCCCUUAAAGCAUACCACCUCUAGGAGGAAUGAACAAACGCCGUUGGAGGAUUUCCACAUUGAAGUUUCUCCAGGAACCUACGCUGUCACCGCUGGGGCAGUAGACUCAAACCAGCAGACCCACCUGGUGCAGGUCGAAGCCGGAGAGAGCGUCAACCUGACAUUUCACCUCUAACGUUUCAACCUGUUAGGAUUUCACAGAUCGUAACAAAACUGUCUAAUGUGUGCAAUUUUUGUGUUUGCCCAGUACAUGCUUCAAGUCUGCCAAUUAAGUCGAUGUGCUUUCAUGUGUAUUGCUGCUAAUUUUAAAUAAGCCAUAAAUCCUUUUAUAAUGAAAUUUUAAAAAAUGUAUGUCAGAGGUAUAUUUCAAGAUUGAAGUUUAUUUUUUAUAAUUUCAUGUCUAUGCUGCAACUAAUUAAUAUAUAUGAAUCAAUGUGUCCAAUAAAGUAUAUAUUUCAAUAUU